AUGCCACCAUGCCCAUGCUGUGGCCUCUCCAAGAAAGAACAGUACUGCGCACACUGCAUUCACCAAGGCGUUGCAACACAUGCAGAGAUAGCACGGGGCCUCAAAUCUCAAGCAGACAAGGCGGUAGCGAGGGCCGAGACGCUCUUGGGUGGAACAACUUCACCGCACGUUCGAGGCGGGCAUGAAUGGCGCAAGCUGCGUGCCGCCGUUGCUGCGUCCGAGCAGCGAGUCGCACUGCUGCGUGCGCAGCUCACAGCGAGAAAGGACGAGAUCAAACGAUCACGCGACUGUGUGGCCCGUUCCGAUGUGCGUGAACGGCAAGACACACUCCAGACUGCCCAACGAGCGAGGCUGUCGCCCGCCGACCUGCGCGCGCAGAUCGCCUUCGUUCGCGCCCAGCAUCGAGAAGUGGGCAAGCGCAUCAUACAGGCUCGUCGAGUCCUCGUGCGCGAGGUCGUCGACGUCUUUGGCGUGCAGCGACGCAAGGGCUGGGAGAUUGCCGGCAUCGAGCUGCCUGCGCCAGAGAACUUUAGAUUACAUCCGUCCAUGUCGAUCAACGCGGCCUUCAUGCACACGAUCCACCUCUUGGCCCUCUUGACGCGCUACCUGUCCAUCGAGGUCCCCUUUGAGCCCACACCCCAGGCGCCCCUGGAGCUCGUGCACGUCGGCCGACCGGCGAUGAAGGCCAACGUACCGUUCCUGUCCACCUCGAAAUGGCGUGAAAAGCACGUCUUGUGGAUGUCCAGCACGGCCUCGCUCGCGGGCCAGCUCAAGAAGACGUCCAACUCGGCCGCACGCCAGGCCGCCGUCGCCGGCAUCCUGGCCAAGUCAUACAAGAAGCACCGGGCGAGCCUGACGGCCUUUGCCCUCCUCGCACACUCGGUCGCGUACCUGGCAUACACCCAGGGUGUGCCCGGUAUCGGCCUACGGGACGACGGGUCACGAGGAGACUCGGAGGACGAGGACGAGAACAUGGGUGGUGGAGGGGGAGGUGCAGGCGCAGGCGGCGCAGGCGGACAGAUGACCGCGGCCUCGGGCGUGCUUGUCCAGCCCACCGCUGUGCUCGAGCUGAUCAGCCUGCUCGCCGAAUCGCCGACGCUGGGCUGCCGCGCGCACGCACCGGGAACGUCCGACGUGCUCCGCCACAUGGGCUUUGGGCUGGACGUCAAGAAGGUCGUGGCGACGGUGCUGGCUGCCGAGGACCAGCGGUGGGGUGUGCGGCCCGGGCAGGAAGGCAAGGAGGAGCUCAGCGAAGGGUGGGACCUGCUCGACGUGGAGACGUGA